AUGCACCUCCUCCCCUCCCUCAUCGCACUCCUCUCCCUCACCCAGUACACCACCGCCGCCAGCGACGACAAGAAACCCGCACCGAAACCAUGUACAAUCCACUCCCCGACAACCGGCUCAUUCAUCGACAUGCGGCCACUGGCCCUAUCUCGAGACGGCGCCGGAUCGAGCUCACAAUCCUCGACUAAUGAAUCCUACCACGCCAAGGGCUACGACUACCCCUACAACUUCACCCUCAACUUCUGCGACUCAGUCGUCGAGAAACUCGAGGACGUUAACGGCGUCAAGGAAAGAAACUGGCGCAAUGUCUCCGCCUUCUACAAAGACAGCCACGACAAUAUAAUAAGCAUCGGGCAGCAGAACAGCGAGUUACUACCAGGACGGCCGAAUCAUAAAAAACGAGCCAUCCUCGAUGACGACGACGACGAUGACCGCCACAAGGGAAAGAAGACCACCCGUCGGAAAACAACUAUGAUGACAUUCGCCUGCGACACAUCUCCUCUACUCGCCGGCAAGCCCGCCAUCAGCUUUCUCGGCACACCGGACCACUGCACGUACCUGUUCGAGGUCCGCAGCAGACACGCAUGCGGUGGAACGACCACGCAACAUGAAUCCGGCACGCUGGGUCCCGGGGGCGUGUUCCUCGUCAUCACCGGCAUCGCGCUGCUGGUCUACCUGAUCGGAGGCAUCGUCUAUCAACGCAACGUUAUGCAUCAAAGGGGGUGGAGGCAGCUGCCUCACUAUGGGAUGUGGGCUGGGAUUUUCAGCUUCGUUUCGGACAUGACACAAAUCCUCUUCGGAAGCUGCAUCAACCGCAUCCCCUCCGUCCAGCGCCUCUUCGGUGGCCGCGGUCGCGGCGGCUACCACCGCGUUGGCACCGAAGACAACUACAACGACCGCACAAACGGUGCUAGUCGGUCAGCGGGGACAGGUGGGCGGAACGGCGGCCGAGACGCGGACGCCGAGAAUCGAUUGAUAGACAGCUACGACGAGGAGUGGGAGAACUAG